AUGUUAUUCUUUGCCCAAUUUUCAUUAUCAAGACUUACAUUCGACCCAGCUGUCAACGACAGUUUUAUCAAAAUCGUUAAUGACGCGAAUUGGAAUGAUGUUAAGAAGAAAAUGAAGGAAGGCGUUAUUUUCUUUCAUGCUCCGCAUCAAAGGGCCUCAGAUACAGGAUAUUUGCGUUACGUACAUGUCUGCAGACAAUAUGCUAAAGAGAAAGAUGAUAGAUUUUAUGUCGUAAAUGGAAUGUUUGCAGAUAAAGUCCCUCGUGAAUUCAAAAUCCCAGGAUGGCCAUCAUUAGUAUAUUUCAAGAAUGAUAAGAUAUCACCUAUCGUUGAACAAUUCCAUGGCCCGAUGUCAAUUGCCAAUUUAGACAAUUUUGUUCACAAAUAUACAUGGCCAGGAUUUGUCGAGGUCAAUGUUUCAUCUUCUAUGGGUAUGCAGGAUCUUAUUAGAAUGGCUUUCAGAGAUGAAUUCGAAUCAAUCUCCACUGGUUUCAUUUUCGGAAAUAAUGAAUCGCGUUUCGGAAGAAUUUGCGAACAAUUUGCUAAAACUCAUUCAACAGACAUACGAUUCUUGGAAAUUACAAACCCAGAUGUCGCUCACAACAUCGGAGUUCACUUCCCAAGUAUUUCUAUCUUCAGGAUUGAAGAUCAUAAGAUAUUUAACUUCUUCGGAGAACCUAAACUCGAAGUCAUCGAGAAAUGGUAUAAAUCUGAGGUUACUUCUUCGAUUAAUAUCAAAGAAUUCAAUCAAUACGAAUUAUUCGAUAUCAGUGGCUUAACAAUACACACAGUUAUCAAGUUAGUACCUCGCGAAGACAGAAUCGGUAAUUCUACGAUGUUUGAUGACUUAAAUUCCUUAUAUUACAUCGGAACACCGAAUGUUCUCAGAUAUGGUGAUCCAACAGAGAUGCGUCCAUUACUACGCCUUUUCAACAUCAGCGAAGAUGCUAAAAGGAUUUGCGUAUUGUCAAAUUACACAAAACUUGGAAUUUACGAUUGCAGUGAAGGCCAAGUCUUCGACAGAAUGCCAGAAUUCCUUGAAACACCACCACAGAUUUACGGAGAGAUCGCAAUGAUCACAGAAACAUCUUGGUCCGAUUUCAUUGAUCAUGGACCUCUAAUUGUAUUAUUUACUUCGAAAUUCAACUGCAGAUUAUGUCCAGAAUACGAAUACUACUUCCAAGAAGCUUUCUACCAAGCCAGAGACGCAGUUCCAAAUAAUGUCAGAUUUACUAUGUGGCCAAUCGCAGAAAACAACAAAGUUUCGUUUAUGAACAGGAUAAACUGUGAUGCCCCAUCUGUUGUUUUCUUCCCAAGCCAUCAUCUCACAGAAUCUGUAAAAUACGACGGAACUCGCGAUGUAAACUCACUCAGAAAGUGGAUUAACAAGGUUGUUGUAGAAAACGAAGAGAAGAAUGUUCGUUCAAGUCAAGAAUUGUAA